GUAUUUUGGAGACGACGCACAAAAAGCAACCGCUACUCUGGGCACUCUCAACGUCUCAACGGUGUGCCGAACUAUUCUAAUUUUGAUCUCCUCUGAAGAACUUUGAAAAGCACAAAGAACAAAAAGAGCAAGACGACCACUCCGCAGAGAAAGAUAAUCGCGCUCUUCACUCACAGAAGAAUGGAGUAUCAGAACUUUGGAAGGCAACAGAGAUCUAAAGGGGCCAACAUGAAGCAGGCACUACUGGUGAUGCUGCUUGUGAUUGGCUGUGCUUGGUUGAUGUACCAGAUUAACCACCCAGGAAAGAAACCAGACAACUAUGGUGGUCUGCCCAAGCCUGUUGAGCAAUAUGGGCUAGUUUCCUUGGGGCGUAAAGGGACACCUUCAUGGCUGUAUGAAAUUCAGUUUCCUACCUUAGGAAAAGUACAUAUAGGAGAACCUGAGAAGAUCAAUGGUGGAAGGAACGAUAAAAAUUCUGGAAAUAUUGAUGAUAGAUCAAGCAGAAGCGAGUCGGAUGACAAAGGGGAAGGCAAUUUGGAGAACUCUAAGAUACCUUUUUUCAAUGAUUCUCAGAGUAAUGAGAAGGAAGCAGAAGUACAAAUUAGAGGAUCACCAAACGGUAUGCAACUACAGAUGAGAAUGAACACAGAACCAGAUGGCUCCAUUAAGGAAAACGAAGAGGUUGAAGAACCUAAAACCUUGGCAGUUCAGGAUUGGGCACAUAUAUUUGAUGAUGAAAAUGGUGUUCCUCCUGAUGUUAAUGACACUGAGGCAAUAGGCGGCGAGGCACAGAUAAUGAUAGAGAUGGUGCAUGAUGGAAACAUAUCCAAUGAUAGCAAGGAAAAUGGAGAAAUCAAAAGCAACCUUUAUGAAGUCAAAUCUUCGUCUUCAGAAAACGAGAAUUUUGAAGUGACUUUGAGAGGCUCAAAGUCGACGGGCGUAAUAGUUGAUCCAGACGUAAAUUCUCAAAGUGCCAUUGCUCAUGUCGAUACAUGAGUUCUGAAAAAUGUUAACUCCGUUUCUCAUAAUUGUAAAUAAGAACUCAGAAUCACUAGGUGUCAUUAGCAGCGAACAAAAAGCUGCGAGCGACGGAAUAUCUUUCUUUCUUUCUCUUUCUAUUUCUUAUUUUCUAGAAGAAACCAGUAGCUAGCUGCAUGAUUUUUGAUGGAGGCUUUCACACA